AGCAUGCUUCCAACCUCGUCUUCCCACGUCGAAAUAGAACAAGUGUUUCUGGUCUAGCAGUGCCAACUCAGUCUCCACCGCGUCGAAGUUGGCAGUCACGUAAGCUGGCAGCGUCGUCAGCCGCCACGUGUCCACUAGAUUUUCCAACCUCUCCCUAUAUUUGAAUUAACGGAGACAGAAAUUCAUCGUCAAAAGAAUCAGAACACAGAAAUCAGAUUCAGAUUCCGCCGUUGUUUAACUCCCUUCACUUUACUUAAUGAUUCGAAGAUUCGCUCCAACGGAUCGCCGGAUUUUGUCUUUUCCGGCGGUUCACCCAUGUGAGUCUAUUUCGCCGGACACCCUUCUCUCCUCCUUAAUUACUCUUUCUCAUACUAUCUGCAGUUACCGAUCCAAGUUUUUUGCUAUCCAGAGAAGAAAUGCCCGUGAAAUGUUUCGCCAAAUAGCAAUCCUCCACGUUUUCUUCGAGGAGUUUCAGGAUCGCCACAUCGUUCCCUCGGAAUCUGUCGUACUGUGUUUCUCUGAACUUCAUAUCACCUUCCAGAAAAUCCAGUUCCUUGUAGAAGACUGCUCGAGGGAAGGAGGUAGAUUGUGGGUCCUGAUGAAAUCAGAGUUCGUUGUAAGUCAAUUUCGGACUCUAAUUCGAGCAAUUGCAACUGCCCUCGACGUCCUUCCAUUGGAUUUGAUACCGGUUUGCAAUGAAGUGAAGGAACUGGUUGAGUUAGUUGCGAAGCAGGCGAGGAAGGCAAAAAUUGACAUCGACCCAAAUGAUGAAAAUGCCAUGAAACAAGUUCGUUCAAUCUUGAACCAGUUCGAGAAAGGAACAGAGCAGGAAUUUGAAUACUUCAAGUUGGUCCUUGAUCAUCUACAGAUCAAAAGCUGGAACUUUUGCAACAAAGAAAUCAAAUUCCUGGAAGAACAGAUAGAGUUUCAUUUUCAAAGUUCGGGUGGAGAAGAACGAGAAGUUCCAAUUCUAAGCAGUUUACUAGGAUUCAUGAACUACUGCAGGGGAGUUGUGUUUGACACAAUGGAUUGUCGAGAUGAUCAAACAGAUGUUAGAUGCAAUACGGAGACAGUGAGUUGUCUGAACCCUGAAGAUUUCCGGUGUCCAAUUUCACUUGAGCUCAUGAGUGAUCCAGUCACCGUAUCGACCGGACAGACCUACGACCGAUCUUCCAUUGAGAAAUGGCUGAAAGCAGGGAACAGUCUCUGUCCCAAAACAGGGGAGAAGCUAACGAAUACAGAGUUGGUUCCGAACACAAAUCUCCAUAGACUGAUCAAACAGUUCUGUUCAGGAAAUGGCAUUUCCCUUGGAGAACAAACUCGGGACAUAAGCAGAACAACAGUCCCCGGAAGUCCGGCAGCUGCAGAGGCAAUGAAGUUUCUAUCGGAACAUUUAACAAGAAAACUGGUUUUUGGAAGCCGGGACCAGAAAAACAAGGCUGCCUAUGAAAUUCGUUUACUUGCAAAAGCUAGUAUCUUUAACAGGUAUUGCGUGGUGGAAGCGGGAGCAGUUCUUCCUCUCCUAAACCUUUUACAUUCGUUGGACAAGUCCAACCAGGAAAACGCCAUUGCUGCUCUGCUAAAGCUCUCAAAGCAUACUACUGGGAGGAAAGAAAUUGUUGAAAAUUGCGGAUUGAGGUCGGUUCUUGGGGUUCUUAACAGAGGAUUAACUCUGGAAGCAAGGCAAAUUGCUGCGGCAACGAUCUUCUACCUUUCUUCAGUGAAAGGGUACCGAAAAUUGAUCGGUGAAACACCAGAGGCAAUCCCGGGACUCAUUGAGCUGAUCAAGGAGGGAAAUACAUGUGGGAAAAAGAAUGCAGUGGUGGCAAUUUUCGGGCUUCUGUUAUAUCCAGGGAACCAUUCAAGGGUACUUGAAACCGGUACUGUUCCAUUAAUGGUUGAUAUUCUAUCUAAUUACGCCGACAACCCUGAGGUCGUACCAGAUUCACUAGCAGUUCUUGCAGCCUUGGCUGAAAAUGUCAAUGGAACAUCUGCAAUUCUAGAGACUUCAUCAGCCCUGAAUUUGGUUCCUAGGAUUCUGCUGUGUUCAACAUCUCGGACUGCAAAGGAGUACUGUGUUUCCAUCUUGCUGUCCCUGUGUGAGCAUGGCGGCAAGGACGUUAUUUCUGUUCUAGCAAAGGAACCUUCUCUGAUGAAUUCACUAUACUCACUUAUAACAGGAGGUACAUCUCAUGGGAGCAAGAAGGCGCGUUCUCUCAUCAAAAUUCUCCAAGAAGCAAGUUGUUCUAGGCUGACGGUUUCACAUGAUCAGCCUGUUUAUUUUUGGUGAUUCUUUUUUUCCCUCAUUUUUUUUUCAUGUAAAUACACACAAUUUGGUGUAUUGUUUGUGGCAUCAUCUGCAAUUUUUUGUAAGAGCUAAUGACUGUAUUUGUGACAUUAGCUCAGUUCAUUGGCAUUCCUUUUUUGUGAUUCUUGUCAUUGUUGUUCGAAUUUUACAAAGAACACGUGAUUUGUAAAAUUUCCCCCAAAUUCAUUCUAUAUAUAUACAUGACUUUGCAGUGCAAAAUUGCAAAU